GCUUACGCCUCCAAAACAAAGCCCGAAACCAUCUUCUCUCUCUCUCUCUCUCUCUCUCUCUCUCUGUGAAAGGGAAGUUCGGAAAUCUCUCUUGAAUCCCUAGAGACUAUACCGAAGACCAGACCAGAGCUCCCUUCAGUCUAAUAAUAUAUUGCCAUUUUGUCGACUAUCCCUCCUUCCUUCCUUCCUUCCUUCCUUCCUUCCCGUGUAUCAUUACGGUGCAGCAGUUCAUCACCUCCGUAUGAGGUUUCUUUACCCUUUGCUGAAAUUCGUCGAAUCCCUCUUCCGUGCCUGAAUUCCCCGAUAAUUCCGUGGUGGGAGCCAACAGAUUGGGUCGAAUUUGCCGAAGAUUCCCCCACCGAGAAUAUUUUGCGCAGCUUCAAAUCCGCAGACUUGUCCCGUACGUUGAUAGGUAGGCGGGGGAGGACAAAUCUCUUUCUGGGUGUUCUUGGAUCGGAGGUGUUUUUACUUUUUGUUCUCUGGGCAUGGCGAAUCCACCGGGGAACCAUCAGGAGCCGGCUCAUGCGUCCUCGUCCGCUUUCAAUGGGAACGGCAGCUUGGCGCCUGAUAGCUCCGGCACGGCCUCGGCGAUGAAGCACAACCCCGGAAUCUCCAUGGAGUGGACGGCGGAGGAGCAGGCAAUACUUGACCACGGCCUCUCAGAAUUUGCCUCAGAAUCUAAUAUAAUUCGCUAUGCAAAGAUAGCUAUGCAGCUAAAGAAUAAAACAGUUAGGGAUGUGGCAUUGCGUGUCCGAUGGAUGACGAAAAAGGAAAACAGCAAGAGGAGGAAAGAGGAACACAGUUUAAGGAAAAGCAAAGAGAAGAAGGAAAGGGUAAACGAUUCUUCAGCGAAGUCAACACCAUUUGCUGCACGUCCAAAUGUUCCUGCCUAUGCACCACCGAUGAUUCCUAUGGACAAUGAUGAUGGCAUUUCAUAUAAAGCAAUUGGUGGUCCUACAGGGGAGCUGCUUGAGCAAAAUGCACAAGCGUUCAACCAAAUUUCAGCAAAUCUAGCAGCUUUCCAGAUUCAGGAGAACAUCAAUCUCUUUUGCCAAACUCGUGACAACAUACUGAAGAUUAUGAACGAUCUAAGCGACCAGCCAGAGAUAAUGAAGCAGAUGCCGCCACUCCCUGUAAAGGUGAAUGAAGAGCUUGCCAACACAAUCCUUCCUCGGACGACUCUUCCAAUGCAGUCAUGAGCAUUCACCUCUCACCUGUCGGGAUGCCUUUUCAAGCUAUAAGCAUAGUGCACCCAACUUAUUUGUGAUCCCACCUCCUUCAGUAACUUUGUCAUCCCAACAGCGAUUCACUUAAUCAAAUCCUAGAACCUGUUCAUGGGCGACUUUUUAACAAGUCGGUUGCCGGGGUAAUGCUGAUGAUGGGCUUUAGUCUUUGGUAUGCGGGGUUGGUAGCUUUCAUGCUUGGAUUGUAUCAAGAGGUAGGCAUUUGUGUUUGUAGGUGGUGAAAUUGCAUCUUUUAUGUGGUUAGAGAUAGGAAUCGGUGUUAAUAAUCUGCAAUAUUCGUACUUUUGGCGUAAUAUUUGCUAGUAGGUCUUAGCAUUCGAAGAAUGCACAGUCGCACACAUUUCAAUAUUGUAGGGUCAUUUGGGUCAAAUGCCCCGGCACUUGUAAGUCGAAUGCUGCCUCUUGUAUCAUUAGUGGUCUGCGUCUAUGACGAUUUUGACCUUGGGAUGUUCCAAUUAAAGAAAAUGUAUUGAUUGCCAGUCGGAAAAUCCCCUGUUGUUGUUGGCUA